GUUCAAACAGCCUGGACUGCUCAGAACAUCACCGGGCAGGUUCCGGAUGGUUGGAGCCUUGAGAGCAUCAAUGCAGAGGAGCCGGAAGCGUUUUCCGUCAUUGAGAAGAUCUUUGCUGUGAUUUUUGCAAGCGAGCUCGCCCUUCGACUCUUUGGGAAAGGUUUCGUUGAUUUCUACUGUGGGCCAGAGUGGAA